GCCAAUGACUAGUUGACCCCUGAGGCCUGAGGCCUAAUUCCCAUACCGAGUCAGGAGUCAGUGUUGCCUACCUCGUCUACACCUGCCUUCCGACAAUUCCACUCAGGCCAGCGCAUAAGUCUGUCCUUAAAGAACUCAGAGAUCACACGAGGAUGAUGUUUGUUCAAGGGAUGCGGGAAGUUCAUGAGACGCGAAAACGUGAGGCAGCCCAACGCCUUGAGAUGGCGCAAGAAUGGCGACGAAGCAGAGUCAAGAUAUUUUAUCGCCAUCUUGUCGACAAAGGUCUGAUCGACGAAGAUGGUGCGAAGAACUUACCAGAUGACACUCUGGAUUGUCCUAUCUGCCCAUCGAAACAGACAUCAUGCAAUUUGUGCAGAUUCAUUUCCUGCUCCAAUAUUGAUUGUCAAGCCUCCUCUACUAUCACCAUCGUACGGUGUUUUAAUCAUCACGAGACGAAAUUCUGUACUUCAUGUUUGGAGUGUCCGGGCAUUCUGCCUCGCAUGGGCAAAUGUCCUAUAUGCGCACACUGGUUCUGUUCAGCUGAGCUUGAGUGGUGCAUCGGGCGCCCAGUUUCUAAUGGCGACACACGCGGAACCGAACCUUCCUCACCAAUUAUCGGACCUCCCUCACCAAUCACCGAUUCAACCCGCUCACACCCAGCGCGUCCCUUAUUUUGCCGGACUAGGCACUGUAUAGAGGAAAGUAUAGCGAUUGGAAAAAAUGGCGCUCGUUGUUGCAAUGAAUAUUGCUGGUUUAGCUGGCCGCUCCACAUCAGAACUUGCCCUGAUUGUAUCACACAGGAUGAUUUCACCUGUCCAUGUGGUGGAUACUGGGCUUGCGCUGACUGCACGUUGUUCGCUGCAACAUGUGCUCCUGAUUCGACCUAUGCGUGCCCUGGGUGUGGCCGGCGUUUCUGCUUUAAUUGCUCAUAUAUCGGAGCUUGCGAGCUGUGCUCACAUGGGGGGCUCUGUGACGACUGUAAGGAGCAUGAAGAAAAUAUAGGAGUGAAGCAGACCGUUUUCAGGUGCCAAGGCUGUGGGUUUUAUCUGUGCGGGGAAUGCGCUGGCAUUGAUGAGAAAUCGUGUUGCGAAUACGACAGAAGUGUUUGCAAGCUCUGUCGACACGACGAUAUGAAAGCACUGACGAGCUUGUUUUGGAAUUUCAUCUCUGCAUCAUAGAAAAAUUAGAUGGAACCGUAACUAUGUGCGUCAUGAGGGAGCUCUAAUUUACAGACGAAAUAAAAUAUAAUCAGGGCGAGAGAUAGCAAGAAUCCGAAAGUUGGAUGAGAGUUCUGUGAUUUUGGU